GCGAACGUGAUCUGUCAAUAACCCCGAAAAACCGUUGACACUAAGUUUAAAUGCCUGUUCGCCAUAUGAUUUCGCAUAUUGUGUUCAGCUGCAAAGAUUUCAAAUUAUCGCUUUCACUUUAAAGUUCAUCAUGACUUCUGUUUCAUCCGGGAAGUUGCAGGGAAACCAAGAGGAAGUUUCCAAACCAAUUAAACCCAAAAUCGUAAAGACCUGUGCCAACACUCCAUCCCAACCGGAUAAAGGAGCCCCAUUAAACCAUGAAAACAAGGAAAAUGUGGAAAACAGUAAACCAACAGUAUCUGGAGAAGCUGGAAAGAAGCCUGAAGAGACGAAAUUCAAAUGGGCAUUGACUGAUUUCGAUAUAGGUAGACCACUAGGCAAAGGAAAAUUUGGAAACGUGUAUCUCGCAAGAGAGAAAAAAUCCAAAUUUAUUGUAGCACUGAAAGUGUUAUUUAAAAAUGACAUCAAAGAAUUUAACAACGAGCACCAAGUACGACGUGAAGUGGAAAUUCAGACUCACUUACGACAUCCUAACAUUUUGCGAAUGUACGGCUAUUUUCACGAUGAGAGCAGAGUGUAUUUAAUUUUAGAAUACGCACCAAAAGGAGCGGUGUAUUCAACAUUAAUGAAGUUGCCGAACAAGAGGUUUCCAGAAGAGGUUUGUGCGAAUUAUGUGGCUCAAAUCGCUGAUGCCCUCCUCUACUGCCAUAAACGAAAAGUAAUUCAUCGGGAUAUUAAACCGGAAAACCUGCUAUUAGGGGCCAAUGGAGAAAUUAAAAUAGCCGAUUUUGGUUGGUCUGUACAUGCUCCCAGUUCACGACGUACCACACUCUGUGGAACUUUGGACUAUUUACCACCUGAAAUGAUUACCGGUAAAGCGCACGAUGAAAAGGUAGAUCUGUGGGCUCUGGGAGUGCUAUGCUACGAAUUUUUAUCUGGAAAGCCCCCAUUUGAGUCUCCAGAUCAUAAUGACACCUACAGAAAAAUUAGCAGAGCCAUUUUUGGCGUGCCCCCAUAUUUUUCAGCUGAGGCUCUUGACUUAAUUAAAAGACUGUUAGUAGUAAAACCCGAACAUAGACUAGAUUUACAUUUAGUUCUGAAGCAUCCCUGGAUCCUAAAACAUGUAUCAAAAUGCAAAGAUCAAGAAGCUAGUGGAACUCAGAAAAGUUAGUGACUAUUGUGAUAUCUCCGGAGCACAUGAAUGUGAGAAUGAUUUAAGUACUGUUUAAAUUUAGUGGAAAUUAUUUAAGUGUCAGAAAGUUGUUGCUUGUGUUGGCGGUAGGUAUCAUAUAUUGAAUGUUGCUGGUGCAAUUUAUCUGUACUCCAAUUCUGUUAACCAGCUUUUAUAGGAAAGUUUUUGGCUAGAGAAUCAAUGAGUGUACGAACUACACGUACACGAUAUACUUAUUUUCAUUUUUUAAUUUAUACAACAUAAUAAUUUGUUUGGUAUAAAUCUUAUAUUUUGAUAAUGGAAUAAUUUAAAAUAAAAUUGACCCGAAUGCAAUUGUUACAGACUGCUUGUGAUGCUGCUGGUCGGCCAAACAGUAGGUGUUGACAUGUAUAAGAAUAAGUACGUGUUUUACAAAACCAUAUACUUGGUAAACUUUACGUAAAAUCAUGUACUUAUUUCCCACUUGUUAAUAUUUGCUAUAGGUAAUGACUAGUUCUCUCAAAAUACAAGGUCUGCAACACAUACCAUUCAUGUACCCACGUGCUUCAUAUUUAUUUUAGUGACUAAAAUUAGACAAUGUUUCAACAUUAUUUAAAUGGUUUGUGUAUAAAUAAAACCUUUAUUAAGAAAAA